GUCUAGUUAGCUAGGCUACCUUAAUUAGCUGCAUAGUUAGGCUACCUACCAUUAAACUCGUAGCAAUGGUAGCUAGACUACCAUGCUUGUUUUACUUGCUACGUAUUAAGGGGUUCAAGGUUUGAUCGUUUAGAAGCUCCAUUGAAAGCCUAUAGAACUACAGUACAGUAUUUUUGUAAUUGUUCGUUUGAUACGAUUAGCUAUUGAAGUGUUAGCAGUAGUACUAAUUUGAACAUAGUGUUUGCUUCUGUGAGACAGCGUUUUAAAUUAAUGUACUGUAGCCUACGUACCUGUACGGUUGGGUGGCAUUGUUAAUGUAAUUUUGUCUGUGCGUUCCAAGUUUUUCUGACGGUCCCCACAUGCAAGCUAUUCUUUUCGAAACUGUAGCUACUGUAGCUAGCCUAGUUUCUUGCAUAGUUACCUAGCAUUAGUAUCAAUGGUAGCAUGGUUGUUUUACUUGUUAGCUUUGUUUGGGUUCAUGGUUUUAUCGUUUAGGAGCUCCAUUGAAGGCCUGUAGAGCUACAACAGUACGUUCUGAUGUUGGACAAGAAGGCUUGGUUCGCAGUCUCCGCUCUAAUUCAUCCAAAAGGUGGUGUAUUGGGUUGAGAUCAGGACUUUGUGCAGGCCAGUCAAGUUCGUCCACACCAAACUCGCUCAUCCAUGUGUUUAUGGCCCUUGUUUUGUGCACUGGUGCACAGUCAUGUUAGAACAGGAAGGGGCCAUCUCCAAACUGUUCAUACAGUUUGGAGCAUGAAAUUGUUUAAUUGUUUACAAUGUUAGUGAAUUAUUGCAUUUCAGGAAAUAAUUUUUUAGGUAGGGAAUAUUGAAUGGAUUGGGCUCAGUGUAGUAUUUUGUAAUGACAAGUACAAGUUGGGUAUUUUGUCAUUCAUGCAUUCCUACUACAUGCUCCUGAUUAUGUAAUUUACCAACAGGUACAUCUUAUAGGCUGUGUUUAGUUGUUUUAAGUUUCUAAUGUGAGUCAAUGGCUUGGCAGUAUCUUAACAGUAAGGUUUGGUUACUUGUGAUAAACUGUCAUCAUUCUGUUUCUGUAUGGUUACAUUUAACAGACUUAAAUUUGAAUGUAGACAGUGUAAAUUGAAUAAAAUGAAUUAUUGGAUGUCUAAAUAUAUUUUUUUAAGUAAAGAGAUUGGUUUUUGAGAAUCCUAACCAUUUCAAUAUUUUCUUAAAGGUGUGUAUACUAGAACUGUUGAGUAUGAAGUUAUAAUAAUGUAAGAGUAUGAAAUUGUUAAGCAGUAAUGUGGUAUGUUACAUUUAAUAGUUUUUGAUGAUUUUUCUAUGUGUUUUUUAGAUGCCACAUGCAAGCAAGAGUUCCAGGGCAGCCAAGAAAAGGAUAUCUUCUCCAGAAGACCAAGGAUCCACUGUUAAGAUGCCGAGGAAGAAGAACUGGCGGAAAGGGCGUGAUCACUUGGCUGCUGCUCCAAUAUGUAGCGCCUUGUCUGAUUUUUCUCUAUCCACUGAUCCCCACUCUACCCCUUGCGAUAUCCCAUCUUCCUCUUCAUCCCCCACCCCAAGCUUCAUCUACUCUGAUUUUCCUCCUCUUCCGACCUCUCGGUCAUCUAUCUUUAGGCCCUGUGAGUCUCUUUCACAGUCUGUGCCUGUUGUGAGCUGUGAUAAUGUAUCGCAGUCUCUUUCAAGGACCAGUGGAGCAUCGUUCACACUGCCUCUGCAAUCUAUAAGGUGUGCAGCCAUUGGGGCAUACUGUUCUCACGGUGAAACUCUCAGUAACCAAGAAAAAAAAAUGGAUACAAAACUGGCAAACUUUGGUACAAAACUGGCAAACUUUGGUACAAAACUGUGCAACACUGCAAACUUUGAAAUGAAACUUGAUACAACUCUUGCAAGCCUUGAAACAUACACUAUUGUAAUACCUGAAGAAAAGAAAACUAUCAAAAGUCAUUCAACAAACUCUGUUGAAUACAUGAACAGUGGUGAGCUGUCCAACACCGUGCCUCCAAGCUGUCAUAACAGGUAUAUACAAGGAUCUUUUCAUCAAGGACAUGUGAUGUUUGAAGAUAAUGCAGGUGUACAAUGUGUGGCAAACAGUUUAACAGCAAUGUUGAUGAAUAAACUGAAAGAUGUGUGCACGUGGCAAAGUAGUGACCUUGAUAAUAUUCUUGUGAAUGGAAACAUGCUUUAUACGUCAGUAAAGAACUGCAAUCAGGGAAACCAUACUCAUCUUUUGGUAAGUGAUUUGCCAAAGUCUCAUGUGUUGCAUAAUGUUGAUUUUACAAUUAAUCUUGGACAAGCGUUUAGUGGCAUAGUAGGAGUACAUGAAUAUGAUUUAGAGUUGGCAGAUAUGGCAAUAAGCCUUUAUGAAGCACUGCAGAGAGUAUUACUAGGAGAUGACAGCUGUUUUUUGACAAUGAAUGAAAGUACUUGUGCCAUUAUUAAACACACCAGUGGUUAUGCAGUAUUUGACUCUCACUCACGCAGCUAUGAUGGCCUUGUUCAUCCAACAGGAAAAAGUCUUGUGUGUUUCUAUCAAACUUUUGAGGAUAUGUACAGUCAGCACAUUAAUAGGCUUGCAAGUUCAAUGAAUGCCCCUGGAAAACAUUUUGAGGUAACUGGAAUCAGCGUAACAAUGAGAAGUGAAGACGGCAACACUACAGCACUACACAGGUCUAGUAGACGGAAACGCAAUGCCAGGAAACCACAAGUAAUGACAGAGGUGUUUGUUGAUGGGAAUAUUCAUGUUCCCGAGAGUACUUUCAAAACACAAACUGUGUGUGGUCAUGCAUUGCCAUCACAAAAUGAGAAUUUCUUGUGUGAAAACCAUAGGCCUAUCAAUGUUACUAGUGCUGAAAGACUUUUGACAACAAAAGGGAUUGAUCUAACUGUAGACAACAACAGUGAGUGUAUUGAACACAAUGUUGAACAGAGUAAGAAUGCUGAUGAUGUUGUUGUUGGUGAUGUGACACUGCCAACAUGGACGUUUUCUCCCUUAACAUUUAUCAAUCAAACUGCGUUAUGUUCACAGUUAGAUUUGCAAAAUGUAAAUGAUAACCAUGAUUCAACCAUGAUUCAACAAUGCACAGUAUUAAGUUGUCCAUGUGAAUCAAAAGCUAUUAGAAAAGAUGGAAAUUGCUUCUUCCGGUCACUGGCUUUGGCAAUUUGCGGCACUGAAAGCCCUCACAUGAAAAUUCGAAAACAAGUGGUAAGACACUUAAUGAAAAAUGAGGAAACUUUUCAAAGGUUUCUGAGAAGUGAAUACACCUCUGUAGAACAUUACAUAAAGUCUUCACGAAUGAUGUAUGCAAACACGUGGGGCACUGAAUUGGAAAUUUUAAGUGCUGCAGAUCUAUUCCAUACUGACAUAUACACAUUUAAUUCUAAUCGCUGGAACAUGUACAAAAGUGUUUCAAGAACAAGUGACAAUGCCAUAUAUUUGAACCAUGUCAAUGGAAACCAUUAUGAAUUGGUAACAUGUGUAACAGAUACACAUUGUGAAAGUGGAUGUGCAUCAUUGUGCCAAGCAAAAAAAGCAAUGCUAAAGUGUAAUGUCAAUUUGAGGAAAAGGUUAACAACUGGUAGAAUACAACAUUGUCAAGAUAAAGCUGCUAAUAAGAAGCACAAAUACCAGAAUGAUAUUCAAUUUCAACAAAAUUGCAUUAUGUUGCAACAGAAAUUAUAUGCGACAGAUGAUCAAUACAGAAUAAACAAAUUGCAGUCCAGCCAAGAUCAGUACAGAACAGAUGCAGACUUUCAAACUAAAGUUAAAGAAUACAGUAAGAGGAAAUACAAAUGUGAUGCAGACUUUCAAACUAAAGUUAAAGAAUACAGUCAGAAGAAAUACAAAUCGGAUGCAGACUUUCAAACUACAGUUAAAGAGUACAGUAAAAAAAAAUACAAAUGUGAUGCAGACUUUCAAACUAAAGUAAAAGAAUCUAGCAAGAAGAAAUACAAUUCUGAUAUUGACUUUCAAAGCAGUGUUAAAACACACAGCAGCCAAACAUAUAUUGCUAAGAAAAAUCAGACAUAUUCCAUGGAUUUUGUCAUUGAAUCUUUUAGAAAAAGUGUCAAAACAGGCCCUGAAUUUGUUUGCUCAGUAUGUCAUCGCCAGCUUUUUCGAAAGCAAGUCAUUGAAUGUAAACAUGAUAAGUACACAACCAGUCCAACUGUACUUGCUUUGGCUAAAAAGUGCAUUACAGAAACAUAUUUACAAACUUGUGAAGAAUGUGAUGAUAACUGCACUGCACAUAUUCAAUCAUCUAAGUUGUGGAUAUGUCACACAUGUGACCGUAAAAUAUUUGCUGGUAGAAUGCCUGAACAAAGCGUAGCCAAUAACUUGCAUUUGGAAGCCAUUCCUUCUCAGCUACAGUGCUUAAAUUCCCUUGAGCAACACUUAAUAGCGAAACAUAUUCCUUUUAUGAAACUUUUGGCAUUACCAAAGGGUGGACAAAAUGGUUGUCAUGGACCUGUCGUGUGUGUUCCAUCUAAUGUCAAUCAAGUAACAACCAUGCUUCCAAGAAAUGAUGGAAAUGAUUUAAUGUUACGAAUUAAACUGAAACGCAAAUUAACAUACAAGGGCCAUUAUGAAUAUAAACAUGUACAUACAAACAAUGUCUACAAUGCCCUAGAGUACUUAAAGUUAAAUAACAAGUGGUAUCGUGACAUCAGCAUCAAUAAGGAAUGGGUUAACCCUCUUGACAAAAUUGACGAUGUGCAACUCAGUGAUGAACAACAAAAUACUGCUGUGCCAAUACAAAUGGUUAGUGUACCAAUGCACACAACAAGCGUUGCUAAUGAAAGAAACUCGCAAAAUCAUUCAGAAACUGAUGAUCCUGAAGAAGAGUUGACAUACACUGAACAAACACAUGGAAUGUUUCUAGACACAUGUUUACAACCAGUAGAUAUUGCGCAAGAAGUCUUGGAUCAACAUUUUGACUCUGUGUUAUCAGUUGCCCCUGCUGAGAAUAAUCAUCCCGUUAAACUGUUAGAAGAUGCUACUAAUGAAGGAAAAUGUUUCCCUACGUUAUAUCCAACAGGAGCUCCUACUUUUCAUGACCUUCGCCAAGAAAAAAUAAGCCUUUCCAAAUAUUUAAACACACGUCUACUAAAUGCUGAUGGCAGAUUUGCUAAGAACACAGACUUUAUAUUCUAUGCUCAGUACAUAUCAGAGGUGCAACAAGUUCUGUCAAAUGUAUCAAUUGCCAUGCGCAAAGGUUUAGGCACUGAAUUGCCGGAAAAAGAGCAAGCCAAUUUUCUAACGGAUGCAGAAUCUUUAAAACGAGUGUUAAAAAAUGACGAAGGUUACAAGUUCUUACGACCUAUACGUGGGACACCCCCCUUUUGGCAAUCUGUACAAAAAGAUCUGUUUGCUAUGAUACGACAACUAGGAAUCCCCACAUGGUUUUGUUCAUUUUCCUCAGCUGACAUGCGCUGGCCUGAAAUGAUAACAACGCUCUGUCAUGAACAAAAUAUAAAUGUGCCUAUAGAUGAACUGACUUGGUCAGAGAAAUGUGCAUUGUUGAAACAAAACCCAGUUACAGCUGCAAGAAUGUUUGACCACAGAUGGCACAGUUUCUUAAAAGAUGUGAUUAUGUCUCCAGCUGCUCCUAUUGGUAAAAUAUCGGACUACUUUUACCGUGUAGAAUUUCAAAACAGAGGCUCCCCUCAUUGUCAUUGCUUAUUCUGGGUGGAAUCAGCCCCUCAAAUUGACAAAGACCCUGAUGAGAAAGUUGUAGACUUUAUUGACAAAUAUGUAUCUUGUGAACUGCCAUCAUCAGAUGAUGAUGAACUGUGUGAGAUUGUAAACACUGUGCAAAAACAUAGCACUAGGCACUCAAAAACCUGUAGGAAAAAAAACACUGAAUGUCGGUUUAACUUCCCACGACCCCCAUCUUGUCGAACAUUUAUUGAUCGUAUUGUCAAACCUUCACAAAAUCAAUGCAAUACAGAACAAUCACAUCAACCAAUGACUGAGGAAGAUGAAGUAAGAAAACUGAUGACACCAGACAUGGCUGAAAAGAUUUUGAAAAUGCUCAGAACAACUUUACUAAAUAGUGACCAAACAUUUGAAUCGACAGAGGAACUGUUUGAAAGCAUCGGCAUUUCACAAUUGCUUUUUGAAAUAGCAAAUUCACAACUAACCAAUAAAACCAGCGUUGUUUUAAAAAGAAAGCCCGGUGAUAUUUGGAUUAACCAAUUCAACAAAGACUUGUUAAGAUCUUGGAAUGCCAAUAUGGAUAUUCAGUACAUUGUGGAUGCAUAUUCUUGUGUAGUGUACAUUAUUUCUUAUAUAUCCAAAGCAGAGAGAGAAAUGGGAUUGUUACUCGAUUGUGCACAAAAAGAAGGACAUAAAGGCAAUCUGGAUGCCAAAGCUGCAUUCAAAUCACUUGGCAGUGUUUACCUUCAUAAUAGAGAGGUGUCUGCACAAGAAUCAGUAUAUAGACUGACUGGAAUGCAUUUAAAGGAAUGCUCACGGAAAGUAACUUUUAUACCGACAGGAGAACACCCUAUGCGCAUGAGUUUACCUCUCAGUGUAUUGCGAGACAGAAAACGAAAUGACAACAAUGAACAUAACACUAUAUGGAUGACAAGUGUGAUAGACAGGUAUAAACAUAGACCACAAUCACCACUGUUUCAAAACAUGUGCCUUGCCACGUUUUGCUCGGAAUAUCGAGUCUUGAGUCAAAGUGAAGUCCCAGCUAAUCCAAGCGAAUCUGUCGUUCAACUGCAGGAGAAUUCUGGCCACAUCAGAAAAAGAUCACGCACGAAACCAGCUGUUAUUAGAUAUGCAAAACUGUCACCCACAAAAGAUCCAGAAAAAUAUCAUCAAAGUCAGUUACAAUUGUUUUUGCCCCACUAUGAAGACUGUCAGUUGAAACCACAUCCUUUUGUAACAUACGAAGAUUUUUACAAUGUUGGUAUUGUACGUGACUUCAGUGAUGACAUACACAAAGUUAAAGAAAUUGUUCAGAAUAAUAGGUCCUUGUAUGAACAAAAUUCUGACGAACUAGAUGAUGCUCAACUCAUAAUGGAACAACAGGUUGACUUGGAUGAUGCAUGGGCACAAAUUUGCCCCCAGUCUGAAUUGGAACGCCUUCAAUGUUUACAAUCACAGGAGGUUAUGCACAAUGAAACUGAUUUACAACCCAUUUCAGAAAAUAUUCCAGACCUGACAGAAACUUUGCCUAUAACUGGUAACAUACAAGUUAGAAAAACAUUCAUGACUAAAGAAGCAGCAUGGAACAUAAUGAGAUCUUUAAAUGAUGAACAAGCGCGCAUAUUUUACAAACUACGUCAGUGGAGUUUAGAAACCGUAUGGGGAGAAAAACCACAACAAAUACACCUUUUUGUCACUGGUGGAGCGGGGACAGGAAAAAGCCAUUUGAUAAAAGCCAUACAUUAUGAGUUGUCUCGAAUUUUAGCGCAACUAUGUACAAACCCUGAUGACACUACAGUUUUAAUAACAGCUCCUACUGGCGUUGCCGCGUAUAACAUUGGUGCUGCUACCAUACACAAUACUUUUUGUAUUGGCACAGAUGUGCGAUUACCUUACCAACCGUUGGGUGAGGAAAAGAUCAACUCUUUACGAGCUAAACUAUCCAAUUUACAAUUACUGAUCAUUGAUGAAAUAUCAAUGGUAGACACCAGACUCUUUGCAUACAUUCACGGAAGACUAAGACAAAUAAAACAAUCCGGCGAUCAUUCUUUGUUUGGAAAAGUUAGCAUUGUUGCUGUUGGAGAUUUUUACCAGUUACCACCUGUGAAAGGAAAACCUCUGUACAGUGAUAUGCCAGGACUGAACAUUUGGAACGAUCACUUUGAAAUUGCAACUUUGACACAAGUUGUGAGACAAAAAGAUUCUACUUUUGCUGAGCUUCUGAAUCGCAUACGUGUUCAUGAAAAAUCAACUCCUAUGUUGCGUGCAGACAUUGAGAUAUUGAAACAAUGUGAAACAGGACAAGACUUGAAUGUAUUGCACAUUUUUGCAACAAAUAAACAAGUUUGCUAUUAUAACUCUGAAAAGCUCAAUUCCAUUUGCCCAAAUGCUAUAAGUAUUGAGGCACAAGACUUUGAGCGAAAUCCAAAAACAGGACGUAUGGAAAGAAAGAAUGGCCAUCACAAAAAGGUCUUUAACAGCUGUCUUAAGCCUAGUGUCAAUAUGGGAAUACAAGCUCGCAUCAUGCUGACAAAAAACAUUGAUGUUUUAGAUGGACUUGUUAAUGGUGCUGUUGGAACAGUUUUCCAAAUCGUGUUUGAUACAGACAAAUACUUUCCCUCUGUAAUACAUGUUGAAUUUGAUGAUGACAAAAUUGGACAACUGCAAAGAGCUAAAAUAACUACACCGGAUAAUACUCAUCCAAACAUCACAAUGAUUAAACCUGUAGAAGACAGAGUCUCAAACAAUGGUGGAAUACGGCGGCAGUACCCAUUACAAUUAGCCUGGGCUUGUACCGUACACAAAGUUCAAGGUUUAACAGUUAACAGUGCAGUGGUAAACUUGCAAAAAAUAUUUUCACCAGGACAAGCUUAUGUUGCUUUAAGUCGUGUGUCUUCUCUGUCAGGCUUAGUAAUUGAAGACUUGAAAGAGUCAAAGAUUUAUUGCAACAGUAAUAUCAAAGAUGUUCUUGAGCAGCAGCUCUCUGUGGAGCUUGGAGGAGACGCAGGCGUGGGAAGUGCGCUGGAGCGCUGGUUGGACUGCGAGAGCAGGGAUUCUACUUCUACGGUCACCAUCACAGUGAAAAUUCAAGACAUCCAAGAAAACACCACCCGUUGGCUUGAACACGAAUGCCGAGAAAUACAGAUGUCGACCUACUCCGUCGCCAACAGCACUGCCAGUAUCCUGCUAACUACACAGCUGCUAACAGCUGGUACACCCUCUCACCUGUCACUGUUAAGGACUACAACAACACCAUCACUGUCAGCACAUCACCAUCCACCACAGCAGAGACCAUCAAUCGACCCCCCAGACAUGGUGUAG